GUCCUUUUGUAACACAAUAUAUUGUAUUUCCCCCCUGGUUUCAUUCUUGACUUAUGGAGCCUCCACUUCAGAUUGUGAAAGGCGGGGAUGGUAUCUUGCGGGAUGUCCACGAUCGGCCGAUGAUUGUCGUCUUUAACGCAACAAAGAGUGAUCUCGGUGCCAUUAAAGGUGGUGGCGUAAGUCUUGCAGCAAGCGCAAGUGCAAAAUGUUCACCAUUCGCAUUCGUGCAUGAGGAUGGACUGACGAAAGAAGACGGGGCGGCACGAGCUUUGAUACGGACUCAUGUUAUGCGGGAUCACUUCAGGCGAAAACGAGAGAAGGCAAUUCAAAAACGCCAGUCCGGACAUUUCGACGCCGAGAAUCCUAAAGAAUCCAUUCCAGCUAGCGUCCUCUGGGCUGAUGACCCUUUUGGGACUUGCUCGCUUCCGCCUCAGCCAUCUGGGAUCUUAGAUCAUUUUGCACAGUAUCCAAUCGAGAUGACGCCUCGCACACACCAACUGGUCAAUCACUAUGUCACUAUCAUUGCAGGAUUAGCGCAGCCGGGGGCGUUCAACUAUAUGUACAGUUUUGCCGCAGGACUGAGGGAUCAAGCAUUGUUUCACGUGCUGCUACUAACGUCGGCACUUCACCUGUGUUACUUGACGGGGAGAGUAAACUGGGAAGAAACUGGAAAAGGCCCGUCGACUGAAAUUAUCUCUCACAAGCUCAUAGCCAUCCAGAAGGUUAAUGAGAAGUUGCGAGAUUCCGCUACGGCAAUCUCUGAUCAAGUGAUUCAUGCUGUUACAUUUUUGGCAAUGGCUGAAAGUGUGAACUGCUUGGGGGGAGACAAAGCCGCUGCAAAUGCUCAUUUAGACGGCUUGAGUCGGAUGGUAAAGGUCCGCGGGGGACUAGAAGCUCUCGACCACGACAUAGUACGCAAGAUUUGCCUCGCCGACUAUUUGUGCUGUGUGGAACAUGACCAACAACCACGCUUCAAGCCCCCUCCUUCCGGCAAAGAUACAGACCAGAAGGAGCAUGUACUUCGAAGAGCUCGACUACCUUGGCCGCACAUGCAAAGAAUUGAAUAUUCAUCGAUGGUAGAGGUGCCGGCUGGGUUCCAAUGUCUUCAGACUCUUGUCCACCUGGACGACGAGUUUAUUAACAUCGUCCGCAGCAUCGAAAAUUUCUGUGUAGUCUUUCGCGAGGUGCAUUCCUCUGGUGACAAACAGACGUUGCGAGUCACAGACUUUGAUGCCACUUCAUUACGAUAUCGCCUUCUAUGCAUGGAAUCCGCUCGGCGAUCAGCUACUCACGAAGAAUUAAUUGGCGACGCAUGUCGUGUUGGAGCGCUGGUCUUCUUGAAGACCGUCUUCGACCAGUUCGGCUGGUGGGGUACGGCACACAUCGUGCGGGGACGAAGACACACGACUAUUCUCGAGAAGCUCAAGGUUUAUCUUAAGAGGAUUGAUUCUAGCGUGGAUGCUCUCAAGACUGAGUGCCUGGAGCUGGAGCUGUGGUUGACGUGCAUGGCAGGCUUGCUACCACUGCAACACAUUAAUAAACUGUGGUUUGGCUCUUGCCUCGAGGUUGUGGUUACAAAGCUACGUCUCAAGAGCUGGGAAGAAGUGGAGGCUGUGCUUAGAAAGUUUCUUUGGAUUGAAUGGAUACAUGGACGGGCGUGCAAGGCAUUUUGGGAGGAUGCACAAAGAGGUGAAAAGCAGGCCAUGCCGGGAGUCUUGUCAUAACACAAGGUUGUAGCGAAAGGUCUCUUGGCUUGCUUCAAUUCU